UGUUGUACCCGCUGGCCCAGUGAGCUUCUGCAGGCGUGGCUGGUGUUUUUAUUUAAACUCACUUCCUGUUCCUCUACUUCCUGCGUGGACAUGGGAGGGGAGCCUCAGAGGCCUUGGGGCCCUCACCCCGGGGAGAGGCUGUAGGGCCCGGUGUGGACGGUCAGACCCCGCGUUGACUGGGUCGGGUCUACUGUAAGGGAGGGGUCUGAUGACAGGAGAGGUAGAGAUGGUGGAAGAGGGAAGCGAGGGAGGAAAAAUAGUGAGAGGGAAAGGUAGAGAGAGACCGACCGUUGGAGAGAGAACUGGAAUAUUAGUCAGUGAUUCACCUCCUACAGCCAAACCUCCCCCUGUUGCCAAGGCAACGCAGACUGACUCCGGAGGAUUUAAUGCAAACCUCAUACAUUCUCUCCCUCUCUCCCUGUCCCUCUCCUCUCUCUGCGCAUGCGGAACCUUCAACUCUGCUUUAUUAUUUUGCGGCAAACAGGGCUGUAAAACUGAGACCUUUAGACACUGAUAUCCUGCCGCUUCCGUAACCACACGCGCACACACACUUAAACACUCAUUGGCACUCGGACGCAGUAAAGGCAGCUCCAUGAUUCUGGUUUUGGUUUUGUGUGCUAAUGGAGCGCGUGAUGGCGACGACCCCUCAAACUGAGGGAGAAGAGGUGACCCCAGGGGUGAAGAGCCACAGUUAUACGGUGGAGGGGGCUCCUGUCCCUGGUGGGAAGGUGAGGAAGGGGAAGUCACUGAAGAAAGUGGAGCCGCGCAAAGCUCUGAGUCUGGAGGAGUCUCAGCUGGAGAGCCUGCAGCCCAGAAGUCCAAAGCUGCUCCCCAUCAGGUCUCAGACAUUUGACAUUGAUCGAUCAUCUGAAAGGACCGACAGUAUUGGCUCCAGAAGUAGUUUUAUUAAGCACAACAAAACAUUCCACAAGAUCUUCCAUGAUAUUCCUGAGACCGAAGACCUCAUCCAUGCAUACAUCUGUGCCCUGCAGAAGGAGGUGCCCUACCACGGCCGCCUCUAUGUCACUGAGAACCACGUCUGCUUCCACUCCUCUGUGCUGCUCAAGGCCACCAAGGUGGUUAUUCCUAUAUCCUGUGUAAAUGUGCUGAAGAAACAGAACACAGCUCUACUGGUGCCAAAUGCCCUGUCUAUACGCACUACUGAGGGGGAGAAGUUCUUAUUUGUGUCUUUGCGGAACCGAGAAGCCUGCUAUAAACUCCUACGCUCUGUUUGCCUUCAGUUGGAGGAUGGCAGCACAAACAGCAGCCCCCUCUUCUCCUCCGCAGAGAACAGCUUUGACCAGGUCAAACUGCCGAACUCCAGCCAGUCUAGUCUGGAAGACAGUUUUGACCAGCUGGACAGGGGAGACUCCACCCUGCUGCUAGACCCUCCCCCCACUCGCCUGAGCAGGGAUCCGCUGACGCAUGCGAGUCGCUCAACCUUGAGUUCACACAGAGAGCAUGACGACAGUAGCUCUAUAGAAGAAUACUCAGGAGGCUCGUGGGUAUGGAGUGUGACAGACCGAGCACGUUCACUCCUUGUGCAGCGAGAGCCCAGCAGCCUCAACACACUCCUCUUCAUCUACCUGUUCCUGGUGGUCCUGCUUCUUCUCUCCUCCGGCUACAUUGGCCUGCGCAUCGUGGCCCUGGAGGAGCAGCUCGCAUCAUUAGGAGCCCUACCUGAGUUCACCCUGCAGAGCGGGUAUAAAGACACAUAACCACCGCCUCUAGGAGCGAUGAGGUGAUCGAUGACACUGAGGACAUGACAGGGUAGCGGCUGACCAAAGAUCUGUCCCAAAGAGAAGCAUGGAGUCCUCUCAGAUACAACACAGACGCCAGUUACCCCCCCC